AGUAGAGUCAUUUCCUCAUAGACGUCUAUGGGAGCAGAGGAGUCGCCCCCUGCUGGUCACUACAGAGAAUGCAGACAGAGUUGCUAGAAUGUUGGUGUUAAGAAUAACAACUUUAAGGACAGAUUAAGUUUGUUCCUCCUUUAUCAAGUUGAAUGUAUUUUAUUUUAGGGCGUCCUAAAAACAUCUGGCUGAGGACAGCAGAUGGAAAUGAGCCUCUCCGGCUCACUUGUAGUACACCUGCAAAAUAAAUGAAUAAAAUACAUUUUGGAGUUCUAACAUAAUUCAUCCACUUGAAGUCGCUCCUCCUUUUCUUUCUUUCUUUGUUUCUCCUCCUUUAUUCCUUUCUUUCCUUCAUCUUGUCUUCCUCUCCCCCCCAUCACGGACUCUGUCCUACAUCACUCUACCUUCCCUGAGGAUGUCCCUCCCCCUUCCCGCCUCUCGUUUCUGAUGAGUCAUGUGACCAACAUCCCCUCUCCCCGGAAACCAAUCACACCCCCACUGAGGGAAUCUCUCUCCCUCACACGGAGGGAGAGAGCGAGGGAGAGAGAGGCUCAGUGAAGAGGAGGAGGAGGAGGGGGGGAGGUGCUCUGGGAGUCGUUUCCUCCCCUCUGCGAUGGAGCGACGUGAGGAAUGAGGGUGGAUGGUGAGAGCAGGGAGCAGCAGCAGCAGUGGAGAGGGCGGAGGUGCUGGGGGCGGAGGCGCGGGGGGGGUCGGGCGGUGCGGGGGGAGCCGGCAGCGCUCCCGGAGGAGGCGGCGGCUGUCGGCCAACUGCUCCGACAAGAUGUCCCCCGGCUCCAAGAAGCUGGAGUGCUUCUCGCCCAUGCUGUGCCACUGCAAGGCGGCCUGCACCGGCAGCACCGUCUCCCUCAUGUUCGGCUGCAAGCUGAAUACUGAGAAUCAACAGAAUUCCCUCUGAGUGACGGAUGAGACGUGAACACUGAGCAGGAACCCGGAGCACAGAAUCCCUGACGGUGUUUACGCGUUAGGCCCCGCCCACCUCGUCCGUCGCCUCCCUCUGCCUCAGUGACCACCCGCCAACCGGAGGCUCUGAUUGGCCGAGCGUUGGAGGCCACCCAGCACGCACGUGCCUCAGUGGUCAACAUGUGCUGAGCAGGGAAACGCCACUGAAGAAACCACACACACACACACACACACACACACACACACACACAGGCCUCCGGUCGGAGGAGGUGUAGUUCUGGUUCUGGUGUUGAAGUGGACUACCGGGUUCUGCUGGACGGCCUUCACAUGAACCGAGUUGAACAUCCUGAGGUUCACGUGUGUUCAGCUCUGACGCCUCAUCAAUGUUGGAUUAUAUCAGCUGCUUCACAAGGAUUCACAGUAUUUAAUCUCCCCAAACCCUUUGGACGGGUCUGAAGCCAGUAGACCAUCAAAUACUAAAUGUUGUACUUUCUUUACACAUUUUUAUUUUAGUACAAACCACGAAGAUGAUCAAAUAAAACAUUAAUCAUCACAAUUAA